AUGCAAAUCUUUGUUAAGACCCUCACCGGCAAGACUAUUACCCUCGAAGUUGAGAGUUCAGAUACCAUAGACAAUGUUAAGGCCAAGAUUCAAGACAAGGAAGGGAUCCCACCAGACCAGCAGCGUCUCAUUUUUGCUGGCAAACAACUAGAGGAUGGACGUACACUUGCUGAUUACAACAUACAGAAGGAAUCAACUCUUCAUUUGGUGCUCCGUCUCCGUGGUGGGAUGCAGAUCUUUGUGAAGACUCUCACAGGAAAGACCAUUACCCUCGAGGUGGAGAGCUCUGAUACUAUUGACAAUGUCAAAGCCAAGAUUCAGGAUAAAGAGGGUAUCCCACCAGAUCAGCAGAGGCUCAUAUUUGCUGGUAAACAGCUUGAAGAUGGCAGAACCUUAGCAGAUUACAACAUCCAGAAAGAAUCUACCCUCCACCUGGUGCUCCGUCUCCGUGGUGGUAUGCAAAUCUUUGUCAAGACCCUCACAGGAAAGACCAUCACCCUCGAGGUGGAGAGUUCUGACACCGUAGACAAUGUCAAGUCCAAGAUACAGGACAAAGAGGGUAUUCCACCAGAUCAGCAAAGGUUGAUUUUUGCUGGAAAGCAGCUCGAAGAUGGAAGAACCCUGGCUGAUUACAACAUCCAGAAGGAGUCAACUCUUCAUCUUGUUUUGAGACUUCGCGGUGGUAUGCAGAUUUUUGUGAAAACCCUUACCGGCAAGACAAUUACUUUGGAGGUGGAGAGCUCAGACACAAUUGACAAUGUGAAGGCUAAGAUACAAGAUAAGGAGGGUAUUCCUCCAGAUCAGCAAAGGUUGAUUUUUGCUGGAAAACAACUCGAAGAUGGCCGAACCUUGGCUGAUUACAAUAUCCAGAAGGAAUCCACCCUUCAUCUUGUCCUUCGUUUGAGGGGAGGUAUGCAAAUCUUUGUGAAGACUUUGACUGGAAAGACCAUUACUUUGGAGGUAGAAAGUUCCGACACAAUUGAUAAUGUGAAGGCAAAAAUUCAGGACAAGGAGGGAAUCCCACCAGAUCAGCAGAGGUUGAUAUUUGCUGGGAAGCAAUUGGAGGAUGGAAGGACCCUUGCUGACUACAACAUUCAGAAAGAGUCUACUCUUCAUCUUGUAUUGCGUCUUCGUGGUGGAUUUUAA